CUAGCCCGUAGCGGUCGCAGCACUCUGCAGCAACUUUCCGUACAGACGGCCGUUUAUCAACGCCAUCCAUCGAUGUCGAUGACUCCAAAUAAUUUAAAGACGAUUUCGUAGUCUUAUUAUUUGAUCCUGAUCUUACGUAAGCUUCAAAUGCGUGUGAUGAGCGUGACACGCAAACGUUUGAAAAUCCAUUGACAUUGUCAGCCAUUAUGAGCCAUAAAUGGAGUUAGGGUAAUUCAGCAAUGGAAACAGUGAUAAAAUCGAAAAAACUUAAUUUGUUACAUAAAGAAAGAACUGACAAAUACAUUACCCAAUUUAUUCAAAAAUUUCUGGAAAUUUUGCAGUUUAUCAUUUGUGAGUUUUCUCUAAAGAAGAAUUGAUGGAGCGUCGAUUCCAUUGGUUCCAUGAUUGUGGGGUCCAUCAUCAACUGACCAAUCAUAGCAGCGUUUUCGAAAUAUUAUAAACAAAUGUUGGCGCCACGAUCAGCUGUGCGAGUGAUUUAGUGUUGCAAAGAAAACCCCCCUAUGGUGCUAUUAGGGCCUAAAAAUCUUCAACAGCUAUGGAAGAACCACUUGGAAUACUUAAGAGAUUAUGUUCUCAUGUUACUGGCAUAACCGAUGAGGCAACUCUAAGUGAGCAGUACAGAGUGAGUGUGGGAGUUCUGCGCAGUGGUCUGUGGAUUGGCAGCAGUGCUUCUGGUGGAAGGAGCUCUGAUGAGGCAAGAGCUGUUGGUGAACGCGUCAAGAAAUGGCUCAUCAGGCAUGAUAGGCUGCAGCAUGCAGUCCAGUUUUCACAGCUCCUCAACAAUGUCAUGAACAGUUCUGUACUGAAGAACAAGGCAAGUAUCCUGACUCUCCUGCUGCUGCUAGGGCAAGAGUCUGAACAUCAGCAGCCUCAUCCCAGUCAUGCGCUGGGUAAUGGCCUGAGUGACGGUGGAGAGUUUUUUACACUACCUCCUCUGUACCUCGGUAGCACUGAUCCAGGCAGUCGAGGCUCAUCUCGCACCACCACUGGUUCGAGCAGAUCAGGCAGUGGGCCAAGCAUCCCUGCCUCAGAGGCUGAUAGUGAUGGUCGAGGCAGUGGAUCAGCAAACUGGAUACCUUCACGCGCUGCUAAACUCACCACAUACUACAGAGGUGCUGCAGAACAUAGAUCGACAAGUGGAUCUGUAAGGCCUCCUGGUGGAGGUGAGCGGCUUAUCACCCAGCAGCCUCAGGUCUCGCGCCAGUUAGCAGCACAAGUGGAAGUGACAGAGGAGGUGCUGGUGCGUGAGGUGUUGUUUGUGCUGCAGGGCAUAGAAGGGAAGAUCAUCAAGCAUGACCUGGCCAAUGACGGCUACAAAAUUGACCCUAAGGUUCGUAUAUCAAAACCAGUUCGUGAUCUAAUACUGAAGCUAUCAGAGGUCGGGUGGCUGUACAGUGAAGUGCAGAAGUUCUGUGACGGCCAACUCGCCAGAGGAGGUUUUGGACUCAACAAAUCAGCAUCUGUAGGCAACAUCAUGAACACUGGCGUUACUCCAGGUGGCCUAACUCAGAGCACAAGUUUCAGUGCUCUGAGCACAUGUCAACUGCUCAGCGGAGCAGCUCUUGACAACACCAACGCCCCAACUCCUGGGUCACGCUUGCCCAGGUCAGGUGUUGGGCUUUCUAUAUCUGGACCCACACUCGUCAACCAAGCGUUGGUGCUGGCGCUCAGAGAUCAUCUCAACGAACAUUGCAGACUUAUUGCCGUGCUGGAGGCUCAGCUGAGUGCAGUUAAUGAAGAAGCUGCAGAUGAGCUUAGCAGCUCUGGCGGCGGCCUAACUCUGCGCCGGCUGCUGCUCUGGACUCUAGAGCCUCGCCUCCGCCUGCGCAGUCUUGUGCAUCUCUCACACUCCGCCAGAGGGCUGCGGGGCGGCGCUUUGCUCUCUGCACUCUACCAGCAUCUACAGCACGGGUCCCCCAGCACCGAAGGCGUGGUGCAGCACUGUCUAGCGCGCUCUGCAGCGCCCCUGCACGCCAUGCUCACCCAGUGGCUGGUGCACGGCGCCCUCACCGACCCCCACGAGGAGUUCUUCAUCGCUGCCGACCAUACGGCCUCCCUGCACGAUCUCUGGCACCACAAGUAUUCCAUCAGAUGGUGUCAGUUGCCGAGUUUUGUGUCAGCGGCGGAAGCUCGUCAGGUUCUGGCUACGGGCAAGAGUUUAAACUUUCUGCGCAGCGUCUGCAAGCUCAAAACACCUCUUGCUGAGCAGCAGGCCAUUGCUGCGGCUCUCAAACACACAACUGUUGAGUCGCUGUUUGUGCAAGAAUCGCGGCCAGCGCUACAGCAGCUGAUGGACCUGACCUACCGAGCUGCGUGUGGGCGCGUGCUACAGGAGGUGUUGCAGGAGCAGCAGCUGCUAACUCACUUGCGUGCCCUCAGGAGGUAUCUCCUGCUCGGCCAGGGGGACUUUAUACAUACGCUGCUGCAGGUGCUCAGGGUAGAGUUAUGCCAGCCUGCCAGUCGCCUGUACCCACACAACCUCUCCUCGCUGCUGGAGACCGCGGUCGCGGGAAGCAACGCUCGCUUUGACCAUCCCGACACACUACGCAGACUCGACGUCAAGCUGCUGCAGGUGGCGCAAGGAGACACAGGCUGGGACGUCUUCAGCCUAGACUAUCACGUGGACGGUCCCAUCGGCACGGUGCUGACGACGCAGUGCAUGCAGCAAUACCUGAUGCUCUUCAACUCGCUGUGGCGGGCCAAGCAUAUGGAGUGCGUCUUGUCCGACACGUGGAAGCAGCAGGCCGCCACCACCAAACUCUGCCGCAACUUGCCAGAGGUGCAGGUGGUGGUGCAUGGCCUGCAGCUGCUGCUCAGUGAAAUGAUCCACCUGGUGCACCAGCUGGGCUACUACGUGACUUUUGAGGUGCUCGAGGUCUCAUGGGACGCUCUCAUGAAGGCGCUUGACGCCCCUAACAGCCUCGACUGCCUCAUCGCCGCGCACAACUCCUUCCUCGCCAGGAUCGUCAAGGGCGCGCUACUUGACCAGCGCAGUGCCGACGUUCGGACGCACCUUCGCUCCAUUUAUGACCUGAUGGUGCGGCUGGCAGAGCUACAGACGCGACUACACACCGGCGUUGCUGCUGAAAUACAAGCCCGACAGGAGAAGCGUUCAAGGGAACUGGCUCUGGCCAAGGAAGGUCAGUUCAGUACGGGCGCCGGGGAAGAGGAAGCUGAACAGCAGCGGCGUCACGUCUUCUCGUCCCGCUUUGUCACCAAACUCAAGACCGAACUCAAGAUCCUCACACAAACUUACCAGGAUAUGGUCCAGUCGCUGCUUCUGAUGCUGGCAGCUCAGGACGACGACAAUCUACAGCAGCUGAGCAGUCGUCUGGACUUCAACGAGCAUUACCAACGGCGGGACCGACGGCUGAGGCAGCGGCUCACCUUCCACCACAAGAGGAAGAGCCUCGGAGGCGCCAAAGCCGCUGCCGCUCUUGCAGCUGACAACGCCCACAGCCCACACGCUCUUGUCUGUUAGAAAUUUGACUAGUUAUAAUUCCCACCGGAUGGUUUCCUGCGAUUAAAACUGGUUUUCUUUGAUGCGAUUGACUCUCUAAUUUAGUUAGUCAGUUUGGAAUUAUUUCACCAAUUGUAUGUUGGUUUUGUCCGUGAUUUUUUUUUUUUUUUUUGUAUCGUGAUUUCUAACACUGCCUAUUUCUGUGACGAGAAUUUAGAAUAGUUAACUGAAAAUCCGUAUCACUAUCAUAGACUCUGGAAACUCUCUGAAAUGCUUUAUUAAAAGCUCCAAAAAUUAACUGCUAUUUAAAUCUGGAAUGUAAUUUUUAAAUUACAA